CAGAUACGGUGCUCACAUUUUCAAAGUAUCAUGUGGGAAAUCUUUCAACCUCGGAUGCAAUGCUCAGCCGGGCAACGGAACCCUUUCCGCGCGUUCCUUCCCCCUCUGUCCCCCAACAUACCAGAAUCAAUGCGAUCAGUACGAAGACUAGCAAACACGAGACCUUUCUGUUUGAUCGACCAGGACAUGGCUUGCUAGAAAGAUAUCUCAGCCAACCUCUACUAGCAGAAACUUGUCCUUACCCAAAACGAUGCCAUCGAACACGGAGAUCACCAGCGAGAGCGUCGCAUACAUCAAUGGAUCGGUGUACACAGUCAACAGUUCGGGGCCAUGGGCAUCUGCUUUCAUUGUAUCACAAGAUGGCUUCUUCACACAAGUCGGAUCCACGGAAGAGAUCUUAGCAGAAGCGAAAAGAUCGCAUCUUGUCACCGUGGACUUGCGAGAGAGCUUCACAAUGCCCGGCAUCCACGAUGCGCACAUGCAUCUGUUGUUCUCAGGCUUAGGUCUCACUACAAACGCGACCAUUGGUAUGGACGCAACCCACCUGAACAUCGCCGACAAGAUUAAACAUGGAAGUUGCGCAUGCGAAUACAUGAACGCGUACCAAGAUUGGGUCCUGGCUAGCGCUUACAAUAACCAAAGCUUCCCUGACGGCAUCGCGGAUCGUAAAUAUUUGGACGAAAUCUUUCCAGACCGGCCUGUAGUCGUAUCAGGAGGCGCAGCACACGCUAUGCUUCUGAACACAGCUGCGUUAAUCCAAGCAGGAUACGACGUCGACAACGAGCCAGAUGCGCAUGGCGCCAAGUUUUUCCGGAGGCCUGAUGGCAGUCUCACGGGCGAGCUUGCAGAAAGUGCAAUGGCAAAAGCAGCACUCGCAAUUCCUGCGCCUAGCCGCUCACAUGUCAAGCGAGCACUGAAACAUGCCAUUCGACUUGCCCACAAGGCUGGAGUGACGAGCACACAAGAAGCAAGCUCGAAUACGAUCUUAUUGCAGGUUCUAAACGACAUGGAAAGAGAAGGCUCCCUGAAGCUGGAUUUAUCUACACACAUCGUGCACGAGAACGAGUGGCUUGCCUCGGAAAGUAAAGAGAGUCUGGUGAAACUCGUUGAAAUCGCAAAUCAGCACUCGAGCAGACACGUGGAUACGCGAUUCGUCAAAAUUAUGAUGGAUGGCGUGCCACUCCCGCCACUGUUUACCCAUGCAGAACUAAACGAGCAUGGAGAUAUUGACCACAACAACAUUGUACCCAAGGACGUUGCGGAUGCUAUACUCAGAUAUGACAAGAAAGGAUUGACCAUCAAGAUCCAUUGUACAGGGGAGGGCGCAACAAGACACGCUCUCGAUGCUAUCGAAGCAGCAAGGAAGAGGAACCCUGGUGGCCCAAGGCACGAGAUUGCGCAUAAUUCAGGUGUUCAUGCUGAUGACUACAAGCGCUACGCUCCACUCAACGUCACUGCAGAGAUGUCACCUGCUGAACUCUUCGUACAUCCGAUAACGGCUGCAAGUGAGGGCCUGAUGGACUGGAACUUCGUUCGGAUGAUGGACGCUGGCGCCCACAUCACCAUUGGCUCUGAUUGGGGUGCUGUACCUGACCCUUCUCUUUUCGAACAUAUGGCAAAAAUUGUCGAUACAGUAGGACGUGGAGAUAGAGUGGCCGGUGGAGAAGCUUUGUGCCGAAUGAUGACUUUGAACGGGGCUAUGGCUGUGAAUCGAGAGAAAGAGCUUGGCAGUAUUGAAGCCGGAAAAAUUGCAAACUUCAUCCUCUUAAGUCAAGAUCUCAGCAAAGGUGAUUUCGAAGGCGCAAAGGUACUGCGAACGUAUUUCGAGGGAGAGAAGGUUUGGGAUGCUAGUGAGUGAGCCUUAGGCUCAAUACCCACUUGCUUGUAGGUAUCCUUACCUACAAGCCUUACGUUUAAUCUUGACUUGGUUUUUUGUGCCACC